GUACGACGUGGAUCGUCGUGUCCGUCGUUUGCCGGUCGCCGUUCAUUGUUGUCGUCGGGUUCGUCUCGCCACGAGUCAAAUUUUUCGCGCGAUCGCGAUCCAUUGAGUCAUUGUUUGACUUUUGAUCAUCGGAUUGGAGUUUUUACGCGCUUCGGUUACUUUCCCUGCCGCGCCUUCGGUUACGAAGUCAAUCAUUAAUUUGGGACAUUUCUGAGCAUUCGUUGAUAGACGGUCGCUUGAACAAUAAGCUUUACGAACUUGAUCGGAGAAUUCUGGCUGUGAGAUCCGUCCGCGCCGCGACAAGUUCCUUGAUGUGUGCUGUGAAUGCGUAAACCAACGAAUACAGGAGAAAGAAGAAGAAAAAGAAGUGAUUCAAAACUGUGUUACUGGGGAAGUACACUAACGCACCAUACUGGGUAUAGGUUCAAGACCGUGCGCAACCCCACCCCCUUCCUUGGCAACAUGCACCCGUUGAGGUGCGAAACGAUGAAAUCAUUGUAGAGAAACAACAUGAAGGAAAAACAACAGCUCAGCUGUAAGCGAGUUUUAAAUGCCUACCCACCGCCUUCAACAGCUCCAGCAGCAGCAGCAAUACAAGGAUUCGCAUUCGCCCGCCGACGCUUCUAAUGGAAGGGUGCUUGGUGCCGCGAUCCGUACCACCGUUCGAGCACUGGCUGUGGGUCCCACCGAUCAAAUCGAGGCCAACUUAGCCGCGAGGGACGCUGUUUUUUAGUGUCGCGCUAGUCCCACGAAACCGCCGGAACCGGAAGCUGAAAGUGCAUUUUGCGGUCGUCGUUCGCGUCGAGAGUUGUUGGGGGGAAUUCCGUUCUGUGGAAAAGUGAAACUCGGGAAAAAUAACGAUUCGGGGUCGGCAAGAAGAAAUAUCGUUAGCAGGAAAAAUGAAGAGAAAAAAAUCGUUCGUUGCCAAAGUGCAUUGUGUUCCAUGUGCGAAGCAGUGUACCUCCAUCAACUAGUGCAAGAAGUGGCAUCCGAAUAUUUCUAUGGUAUUGUAUUGUCGAACCACAAAGUUAUGCGAAAGUGUGAAAAAUAGUAAUUUAAGUGAAAUUGCAUGACAACUGCCAAUAAGAGCGAUAGCAGUUCCAACUAUUCCAGUUCUUAUAUAGAGUUACUCGCGGUCACGCGUGACAAGUUUCUCCAUCGAGAAGAAAGGUGUUAUCUGUCUAGAAAAAGUGUCUUUGCAAGUGUCCUUAGUGCUGCCGGCAUCUGAAGAGUCAUUAUAUUUAUGCCAUCGAGCAGUGGCAUUUCAAGGAAAGUUAUUUACUCCCUACACGUAGUCCAUCCGUAGUCACCGUAGUUGCAGUGUUAGUUAGUGUCUAUCUGUAAGUGCAAACGGAAGAAAUUUGAAAAGCAAGAAAAUUGGGGCCAAAUAUUUUAUCUCCAGAAAAAAAAGUAUCAUCAACGUCUUAGGAUUAGUAAGAAUGCUGGAAUCUCAUCACACCCAUUAGGAUAACAACCAACAUAAGUGCAACAACGGAAGUGAUUUCCACCCCAGAAAAUAAAAACCAGAUCAAUCAAUGUGCCAAGCAAAGUACCGGUGAUAGGAGCGAUUUAUUAGUUUUAGAGGGUGACAAGCAGCGUGUACAAGAGAAAACACUAUUCCAGUGCAGCGCGGGCACGCUGCCGAUGGAUUUACGAGCCAAUAUGGGCAAAAUCAACCACCAGGCAGCAGCGGAUAAACAACAAAAUGAACGUAGAAUACGAGCCAACGAUAGAGAAUAUAACACACAAUUCAAAUAUGCGAAUAACUACAUCAAAACGUCCAAGUACAGCAUUUUAACGUUUCUGCCUUUGAACCUGCUGGAGCAGUUCCAACGUCUUGCCAAUUUUUAUUUCCUGUGCCUCCUGAUACUGCAGCUGAUACCGGCAAUCUCCUCGUUAACACCGGUCACCACAGCGAUCCCGUUGAUCGGGGUGCUGAUGCUGACGGCCAUCAAGGAUGCGUACGAUGAUUUUCAACGUCACAUGUCCGACUCGCAGGUCAACAACCGCCGGUCGAAAGCGUUGCGUCACAGGAAGCUCGUGGACGAAAGGUGGUCCGGUGUUCAGGUGGGAGAUAUUAUCCGCAUGGACAACGACCAGUUCGUGGCGGCGGAUAUCCUGCUGUUGUCGUCCAGUGAACCGAACGGGCUGUGCUUCAUUGAAACGGCCGAACUGGACGGGGAAACGAAUCUCAAGUGCAAGCAGUGCCUCGUGGAGACGGCCGUUAUGGGCAACCAGGAGGACCUGCUGUGGAAGUUCAACGGGGAGAUUGUUUGCGAACCACCGAACAAUCUGCUGAACAAGUUCGAGGGUACCCUGACGUGGAAGAACCAACGCUACGCGCUGGACAACGACAAAAUCCUCCUGCGGGGUUGCAUCAUCCGGAAUACCCAGUGGUGCUACGGCGUGGUGAUCUUCGCCGGCAAAGACACCAAGCUGAUGCAGAACUCGGGGAAAACCAAGUUCAAGCGGACUACCAUUGAUAGGCUAUUAAAUUUUAUAAUUAUAGGGAUAGUAUUUUUUCUUUUAUCCAUCUGCGGAUUCUGUACGAUAGCGUCCGCAAUAUGGGAAGCGAUAGUAGGCUAUAAAUUUACUAUUUAUCUGCCAUGGGAAAACAUAAUUCCAAAGGAUUAUCUACAGGGUGCUACCAUCAUUGGAUGUCUAGUCUUUUUUUCCUACGCAAUUGUACUGAAUACAGUGGUGCCAAUUUCGUUAUAUGUUUCAGUAGAGGUAAUACGGUUUGCGCAAUCAUUUCUUAUCAACUGGGACGAGAAGAUGUACUACGACAAGACGAAAACACAUGCCAAAGCCCGGACGACGACCCUGAAUGAGGAGUUGGGUCAGAUCCAGUACAUUUUCUCGGACAAAACGGGCACACUAACGCAAAACAUUAUGACAUUCAACAAGUGUAGCAUAGCAGGUCGGGCGUACGGUGACGUCAUCGACCUGAGGACCGGUGAAGCGGUCGAAGUGUCCGAGCCAACAUUCAACAGCAACACAUCGCUUUUACUAAACGCUGAAGAACCACCCGGUCGUAGCACACCACAGCCAAGCUCAGUAUUAACCAUCGACAGCACCGCCACAACGACUACCACCACUAGUGAAACGGUACCGACUGCUAGCAUGACCAGUUCGACGACGCUUAAGGCCGGAAAAUACGACUACCAAAUACUGCUUCAACAGGAGCAACCACCUCCGUCACAAUCAGUCAGUCCCGCCACUCGAAACACUAGCAAUCUCGCCAACAGUAGUAAAAGCACCGGCAGGCAACAUAGCUCACUACACGUUAGAUUCAGUCCGCACAGUAGUAGUCACGAGACGAAAACGAUAACCACGCCCAUUCCCGCGAAGCCGCCCGAUUACUAUGCGGCCACGGGAGGGACCGCGGUCACGGUAACGACCUACGGGCCCCCAAAGGCCGACCUUACCGCAAUGCUAGAUAAUGCUACAACGACCUCCACAACGACGACGAUCUCGACGACCACUGAGCCGCCUAGUGGGAGUAAUACACAAGGAGUGCAUGUCACCGAGCCCGUGGACUUUUCCUUCAAUCCGGAGUACGAAGCGGACUUCCGAUGGUAUGACCAGGGUCUACUGGAUGCCGUCCGAGCGGAUGAGGAGCAUGCCCACAACUUUUUUCGUCUGCUGGCACUGUGCCACACGGUGAUGCCGGAGGAGAAGAACGGAAGGUUAGAGUAUCAAGCACAAAGUCCUGACGAGGCUGCGCUCGUUUCGGCGGCCAGGAAUUUCGGAUUCGUUUUCCGAUCCAGAGCACCUAAUAGUAUAACAAUCGAAGUGAUGGGAAGGAUGGAGGAGUACCAACUGUUGAGUAUUUUAGAUUUUAAUAAUGUAAGGAAGCGAAUGUCGGUGAUAUUGCAGCGGAACGAUAGCAUAAUACUGUACUGUAAGGGCGCCGACAGUGUGAUAUAUGAUAGGUUAGGAAAUAAUCAACAGGACCUGAAGGCUAGGACCCAGGAGCAUUUGAACAAAUUCGCCGGCGAGGGCCUGCGGACACUAGUGUUAGCUGAGCGGCGACUAACGAAGGAGUUCUUCGACUCCUGGCUGCUACGGCAACGAGAAGCGGCCUUAUCGCUCGACGGUAGAGAGGAUAAGUUAGGUGUAAUCUACGAUGAAAUCGAAUGUGAUAUGCAACUGGUCGGUGUAACCGCCAUAGAGGAUAAGCUUCAGGACGGAGUGCCGCAGACGAUCGCCAACCUGCAGAUGGCUGGCAUCAAAAUUUGGGUGCUAACGGGAGAUAAGCAAGAAACGGCAAUCAACAUUGGUUACUCCUGCCAACUACUGACGGACGACAUGGUGGACGUAUUCAUCAUCGACGGGCUAACGAAAGCCGAGGUGGAACAGCAGCUACGAAAGUACAUGGAGUCAUUGCGCAUUGUAAAUACCUAUCAUCCUACAACCUUGCCGAAAAAUACGCUUAACCAGAACAGUGGUGGUCUGACGACGGGCCCUACGGCCAACGGAGGCAACAGUGGGAGUUCAGGACCAAUGAUCGAAAUCCAGAACUCGUCACCACCGUCGGUGUCGGUGGUGACCUUUAGGUGGGAUAAUAGGCAUAAAUAUACAAGUAUAGGAGGAAGCGAGGAGGCGUCGGACAGUGUAAAUUGUAGUAACUAUACCGACGGACUGGGUAAAACGGACACCUCGAUGUCCGACCUGGAAGAAGGAGCCGGCGUAGCGCUGGUCAUCAACGGCCAUUCGUUGGUGCACUGCUUGCAGCCUGAUAUGGAGUCCAAGUUCCUAGAGAUUGCCUCGCACUGUCGGGCUGUGAUCUGCUGUCGGGUGACGCCACUGCAGAAGGCCAUGGUCGUGGAGCUGAUCAAGCGAUCGAAGAACGCCGUAACGCUGGCCAUCGGCGAUGGGGCCAACGACGUUUCCAUGAUCAAGGCGGCCCACAUCGGCGUUGGCAUUUCCGGGCAGGAGGGCAUGCAGGCCGUUCUGGCCAGCGACUACUCGAUAGCUCAGUUCAAAUUUCUCGAAAGACUGCUACUGGUACAUGGACGUUGGUCCUACUAUCGGAUGUGUAAAUUUCUGCGCUACUUUUUCUACAAAAACUUUGCAUUCACGUUGUGCCAUUUUUGGUAUGCAUUUUUCUGCGGCUUCAGUGCUCAAACGGUGUUCGAUCCGAUGUUUAUAUCCGUGUACAAUCUGUUUUAUACAUCGUUGCCAGUGCUAGCGUUAGGUAUUUUCGAGCAGGACGUUUCGGACAAGAACAGCGUCGAGUACCCGAAGCUCUACACUCCCGGAAUCACCAAUGCCUUAUUCAACACGACCGAGUUCAUCCGGAGUGUACUGCACGGGAUCUUCAGUUCGUUGAUUCUGUUUCUGAUACCUUACGGUACCUACAAGGACGGAAUCUCCCCAGAUGGUUAUGUACUUAACGAUCAUAUGCUGUUGGGGUCGGUUGUUGCCACGAUCCUGAUUCUGGAUAAUACUACCCAAAUUGCCUUGGACACUUCCUAUUGGACAGUGUUUAACCACAUCAUGAUCUGGGGAAGCUUGCUGUGGUACUUUUUCCUAGAUUACUUCUACAACUACGUCAUCGGCGGACCGUACGUAGGAUCGCUAACGCAAGCAAUGAAAGAAGCUACUUUCUGGUUCACAACGGUGCUGACUUUAAUUGUUCUGAUGGUGCCGGUUCUGGCGUCCAGGUUCUACUUUGUCGAUGUGUAUCCUAGUUUAUCUGAUAAGAUUCGUGUUAAGCAGCGAUUAGCUCAACUACGAUCGAGACAAAGCAGCGAUGUUCUACGGACGCCUUCAGCCCGGCGAGCAAGACGAUCGCUACGAUCAGGCUACGCUUUUGCUCAUCAGGAAGGAUUUGGUCGGCUCAUUACAUCAGGAAAGAUCAUGCGCAAGCUGCCGCAGGACUUUGCGUUCCCGCUGGGGCUAGGAAGCAAGAAGCAACAGCAGGCAAAUAUGAUUUCCUCGGACGGCGGAACGCCCGGAAAGAACAGCAACAAUCUGGUUAACAGCAACGGUGGCGGCAACAAUGGAAGCAACAACAACAAUAACAAUAAUACCAACAAUGCCAACAAUAUCAACGCGAGCGACAACGCGACGCUCAACGGAAGUCAGAUCACCAAUCUACCGGGCAGUUCGAACAGUGCCCACAGCCCGCGGGCACCCUGCCAGGAUCUGGACACGAUCAAUCUGUGAGGGAUUUAGUUUUAGUCGAAUGACAAGAAGUAAAGUUACCUGCUUACGUUUAUGAGAGAAUGCAAAUUUUAGCGGAAGUAAAUAUGGACAAACUUUCGGAA